AUUGCCUCAUCGCAUCAAGAUUGCCAACCACGUUACCCCAACUCGCUAUCAGAGACCGGAACCUCCCCUCCUUCCUUGAUCAAUACAUUACCAUACCGUACCCGUGAUUCGCUGGAAAAACAAUAAUCCGAGCGCAACGGUUCACUUUUGAAACGCUGGCCUCAGCGGCUCAGCCAACCCACGAGACAACCGCUUGCUCAGGGAGAGAGUGUGUGUUGUCCAAUCAUAUUGUGGCUUGGGUCACGGCUUAGGGAGGGCUCGAACCGAUUACGCGUCAACCCGCACUGCACGAGAUAUGAUACGAGUAUUGUGCACUUGAAAGCUUCACCUCCCCCUCCUGCUCCCCAUCUCUACACAAUUCGCUCGGACCGGGAGAAGAGAGUGCGAUAUGAUUUUCCUUACCACUAUCUCUUUGCUCGUGUCUGCCGGCGUGGGAAUUGCCACGCCGACGGGACGUCCGCUACCUUUGGUCAUCUGGCAUGGUCUUGGUGGGUUCUCCCGACGUGAUUGUCACCCCUGCAAGCGGUGUGGGUGAUUGACGGGUGAAUGCUGAAUCUUUUUCUGCCCCCUUAAAUGUAGGUGAUGCAUACGACUCGGAGGGCAUUCAGGGUGUUGCAAAUCUAGCACAAAAAGUAACACCCGCUCCCCUUCUCCUUUUCAUGGCGUUACUGACAACCCCCGCAGGUCCAUCCAGGCACCUUUGUCCACUCAAUCUACCUGGACCCGGAUUCGGAUGGGGACCGCUCAGCAACCUUCUUCGGCCGGGUCGACGAGCAAAUCGCCACCGUCUGCUCGCAGCUCUCCGCAAUCCCUGAACUCACGUCGGGCUUCAACGCCGUCGGCUUCUCCCAAGGCGGCCAAUUCCUCCGUGGCUACGUCCAACGCUGCAACAACCCGCCCGUAAAAACGCUUAUAACCUUCGGCAGCCCGCACAACGGCAUCGCAGACUUCCUGGCGGAAUGCAAGCCAACCGACUUUGUCUGUCGGACCGCGUCAUCCGCCCUCCGCUCCAGCAAGUGGACCCCUUGGGUGCAGAACCGCAUAGUCCCCGCACAGUACUUCCGGGAUCCCGAGGAUCUCGAUGCGUACAUUGAGCAUUCCGCCUUUCUCGCCGACAUUAAUAACGAGCGUCCCGGCGAGCGCAACAAGACUUACGCGGAGAAUCUGGGUAGCUUGGAGAGGUUCGUCAUGCUCAUGUUCGAGGACGAUACCACCAUUGUUCCCAAGGAGAGUGCCUGGUUCGCCGAGUUCAAUAAGACCACCGGGGAGAGGACGCUCGUGGAGGAUAGGGAAUUGUACAAGCAGGAUUGGAUCGGCAUGAAGAAGUUGGGGGAUCGGAAACGGUUGGAGUUCGUGACGGCACCUGGGAGGCAUAUGGAGCUGAGCGAGGAGUUGCUGACGGGUUUGUUCAAGAAGUACCUCGGCGGGAGGGUCGAUGGGGAGAAGAUGGGGCUGUGGGUGCAGGGUGUGGGGUUCUGAGUUUUUUUAGUUUUUUUUUGGGUGGGUGGAAUAUUUUGACCCUCUUGUUUGUUGGGAGUGAUAAUAUCAUGUCAUGUCAUACUUGGCUUUCAACCUUUGUAGGUUCCUUCUGCACAGACCCUCCUAUACCGACUUGCCGGUUAUGCAGUUUGGCAGAGUUGGUUGAUGUUUCGAAGGACGAUAUCAAAUUCUGUUUUUUUUCUUCUGUAGAGUCCCUGCGCCCUAUAGCGCGCCCAAGAAACCAUUUCAAUUGGGCAAAAGCCACUCGAUUAUCCUCGCGAGGCAAUCAUGAAAUAUCACUCGCCGAAAAUGCAAUUUUAGUGAUGUUUUGAAGAGAAAGGAAGUGAAGGGAAAGGAAGGGGAGACGCUAAGCUACAGAUUAUGGGCAGGUUAAAUAGUAGAGAGUGCAUAAUAACGGUGUAUGAAAUUGAAUGUUGGUGCGAUGGUGGACUGUGAAAGUGUUUGAUGGAACGGAUGGAUGGCCAAAAAUUUUAAGAGUCUUAUUAAUUCCGGACUGCC